AAUCGAAAUUACUUUAUAACAAAGCUAUGAAAGCUAGAAUAUAAUAUUCCUCUUACUAAUUAAUUAAUUCAGAUAUCAAAACCGUAUUACAGAGUAACAACAUCACGAUAUAUAGGCCUAACAAAUGAAAAUGAUCAGAAAGUUACCUACGAUAUUACUAAUAUUUGUGGCCUUAUUGAGCAUUGGAUUCACUUAUGCAGAAGAAAAUGAGGACGGCAGUGGGGAUAUACCAGACUCAACAAUGAUCCCAAUAACAAAUAAAACAGGGGAAGGUGAAGAAGACAACACUUCGAAUAUGACAACAAUGCAGAUCAUAUUUGUGACUUCUAUAUGCUCGAUUCUUACAGUUGUUCUGCUUGCAAUAAUAACGAUAUAUGUUUGUGGAAAAAAAAAAACAAGCGAGCGAUGUUACGGUCCAGUAACUUUACUUCAUAAUGACAUGGCAAACCACGAUGAAGACGACACUUUAUACAUGGUUGAUUACGAUCAUGUCGCAAUGAAUCACUCCAAAUUAUCAAUUACGAUAAACUCUGAGCUGAACGAAAAAUGAUGUGCGUACCGGAGAACAUUUGAACAGACGUAAACAGUGAAAUACAUUAUUAUUCCGAGCAUUUCAUAAUAACAACAAACUUAUCAAGCUGGUAUAUUGAAAAUUAGUAUUGACAGACAAAUUUAUUAAUCUGCGUUUAUGAUGAAAUUACCAGAAAAAGCACAAAAAGAACCAGUGCCCUUAUUUAUAAACCUAUAUUCAAGAAGGCAUCUAAAAUCGAACUAUAACAAUACUUAAAACAAGGUACAAUGUCUGUCCCUUUCAAUAGACAAGACAAUGAAGUGGACGUAAAAACUACAUUUUCUCUAUGCAAUCUAUGUCAAAUUGAAAUCCAUGAUAUUGGUAAAAAAUGUUUAUUCCACAAAAUGUUGUUGUAGGAAUGUAUUUUAAAUAUACAGGGAAUUCAUAAAUUCCUGAUAAAAACAGAUAAAGAAACUUGAUGUGCUUUAUGAACUAAUAGUGGCCAUAUAUAAAGGUGUAAUGAAUGCUCAAAUAAAUACUAAUUAAAAUAAAACAAACUUGGUUAAGAUAUACUGAGAACUGACUUCAUAAAAAAAUUUCGAAAUUGUAACAGGAAGUUAUGAGCACCCUGUUCAAAUGUUACACAUUAUUUAUUUAUACUGUUAUUCCAUUUUGUCUGUGCAAUAGACAAAUAGUACUUUAAUUUGUAAUGUUAUGUUGGUUCUUAUUCCACUUUUUUUUAUUACUGUUAUAAAAUCUAAUGUACAUAUUGUCAAUGAACAACUAUGCUUCAAAAAAUAAACUUUAGUUUGUACAAUGUGGUGAAACUAUAAAUAUAGUGAGUGACGCAGAAUUAUGAACUUGAAAUUUCAAUUUUUAUAAAUACUUUUAAAUUUCCUGAUAUUUAUAUACAUGUAACUGUUGCAUCAUUUUUCAUGUCUUUUUGUCCGAACAUGGCCCCGUAAGAGCAACCACUCUUAUGUAAAGAGCUAUUAUUUUUUGGUAGGGCUGGAACUUUCCAGUUUGGGGUGAGGUAGUGACAUGAGAUUUGAUCCAGAGGUGUGUAGCUUGCAAUGCCAGCACAGUUGAGCCAAAAAUAUUAGAUUUUAACUGUUAGGCCAGUGGUUCCCAACUUCUGUCAUUGAUUUCCUCCCUUCACCUAAUUUGAAACUCAUUAUUCCUCCCUUCCUAUGCAUAAAAAGUACCUCAUUUAUUUCAACCUAAAUGGGAUCCUUAGACAGUGUUAUGCAUAAGUCGCUCCCAGUUUUUGUACAGUAAAAAUAGUUUAUCAUUAUUAGUCAAAGAAUUGCAAAAGCAAAAUUUCGCCCCGGUUAGGAAACAUUGAUCUGGGCCUGACAUGGGCAAACAGCGACUCGCUGGCAAAAUUGUUGGGUAAUUCAAUCUGGCCCGCAUGAUACUGCCACAACCAAACUAAAACCAAAUUUUGAUGUAUUAGCUAAAAAAAAAGCUCAAGAAAUUUGUUGAGAUUGAGAUUAAAUUUAGUUUGGUCAUGAGGCUUAUUCUUUUUCACUUUUGCUAUAAACAUUGUUCAUAAAAUGUAAGUUUUAAUGUCUUGCUUAAGUGGGCCGCAAGUCUGGGUGGGCAAAAUUUUUGGCUCCUGGUCCACUCCGGCGCUAGGCCAUUGUGCCCAUAACAAGAAUAUGAAUCAUUCAAACACUUUUUAUUGGAAUUAGUCAAGUAAUUUAAAACAAAGUGUCAGGAUUUACGAUUUAACAUUAUAGUAAAUAUUUUAAUCUCUUGCUUCUAACAUAGGUUUGAGAUGGAUUUAACUUUAAAGUGAGAACUACUUUUAUGCAUUAAAAAUACCUGUAUAAUAUAAUAACACUAUCACUGUGCACUUAACAGAAUGAGUGUGAUUUCCUAUAUUAUGUUCAUGUGUUCAGAAUAUUGAAUAUAAAUUGUGUUCAUAAAUUCAUUCUUUUAAGUUAAUACUAAAUCGCUUGUACUUUGUAUAUUGAUAUUUUACCAAAUAAAACAAUUGAAACUUUGAGAAUGAGUUUCUUCUUUUGAAGGUAAAUGCAGGGAAUCUCAACCUUAAUUUUCUCGUUUACGAUUUGGUACAUUUCAAAAGUGAAAAUCUACCCCUUCAAAAGUUUGAGUGAACUAUGAAGAAGGGC